AUGGGGCUUAUUUCACAAGACUACGUCUCCAUCGUAGAGCUUAUCAUCUACAUACCAGCCCUCAUCGCUGCCAUCAUUGUUACCGCGCGCCACGGCUUCCACAGAGCCUCGGGAUGGAUCUAUACAGUCGUCCUUUGUGCCGUACGGAUCGCUGGCGCAAUUUGUCAGCUCCUCACGCACACUGAUCACUCAGAAGCUCUUCUUACGGCAUCUGUCAUCAUCGACUCUAUCGGAAUUUCUCCUCUCUUGCUUGCUACCCUGGGAAUACUCUCACGAUUCAUCGAUUUCUUCAACGCCAAAGGAGCUCAGCUUUUCAGUGUAAAACAGUUUCGCUUUGUUCAACUCCUCAUUACCCUCGGCUUAAUUCUUAGUAUUGUCGGUGGAACUGGAGGGUCGACUGACAGCAACGGCACCGUGACGGUUUCCGGCACAAGCAAAGCGGGUAUCAUUCUUUACAUCGUCGGCUUCGCUGGAAUCACCUAUUUCUUCCUUCUUUCAUCCAGUUACAGAAGCGGAGUGCCUCGUCAAGAACGUCACAGUCCGAUCGCCGUUGCCAUCGCCUGGCCUUUCAUCCUCAUCCGCCUCGUCUACUCUGCGCUUGCAGUGUUCGUUAAUAACGAAAUCUUCUCCGUCGUUGGCGGUAAAGUGAGCGUGCGUGCUGCCAUGGCUGUCAUUGAAGAGUUUCUUGUUGUCUUUGAUUACCUGACUUUGGGCCAACAGGGCGUGGAAGGAUAG